AGCGUCCUAACGUGACAAACACUAGUAAGCGGAUCGAGGAAUGCAAUGUGAGUAGUACAGUACACAGAGUAGUGUAGGCUACUCUAACCUCGAUAGUCUGACCAAAAUAACUUUAUCUCUGUCUGGUCAUGUUGUAUUCACGGACAAGUUUGUAAAUCAGCUGGUCUGAGUAAGUGCCUGAACUACUGUCAGAGAUAAGUAGCCUAUCUCAGCUUGAACGGAUGACAGCCUACGUGUGGAGAUUGCCAUCGCCAUAUGGUCAGCGAAACGCCAUUAGCUUGACACAUUAGCCUUUAUUAGCCGACAACAUGGAGGACAUAAGGCCGCCGUCCCCUCUACUUCAUCUGGAUCUCAAUAACUUUGACACAGCUGAUGCAGAAGGUUGCAGAUAUGUGCUUACUAGUCCUCGCUCAUUGGAAUCAUGCUCAAAAUUGGGCAUCAAACCAGUUGAUCUGUUGUUUAAGUCCCUUUCUGAGUUCGUGGAGAAAAACAAAGACAUGCCUUUGGAAGCCAUCACGAAAUUGUACGAGGCUCACGAAAAACAACGAGUUCGACUCCUGCGCCUCUGUCGAGAGGAGCGAGCGAGGAUUAUAGAGGAAGGUAAAGGUAUUGGGACAUCCUUAAAACAGUUUCCUGCCCUUGAAACGGUUCUUGAGCAUAUGACUGACAGCCAAAGCACAGCGACUAAGAAUAGAAACACCACUGAUACACAGAGAAGGCUGGAAAAUAAGACAGUUGGGGUUAGUUUGGGCCGUCGGGGGUCUGUGAGUUUCAGUGAAACAGCCUCUUUAGCCACUGGUGACCCCUUGGUCCACCUCCCAACUUACAAUGGCAGGCUCCUCAGUGCCCGCAGCCAGAUUGGCAGCAGCAGCCUGAGCCUGGGAGACCUGCGACACUCUCCUGCCACCGAGAAGCAGCUGGAGAAACUCACCCGGGACAUCCAGAAGAAGCUGAGCAUCACCGUGCCCGAGAAAGACCGCAAAAUCGCCGCCCUGAUGCUGGUCAAGCACGAGGACGAACAGGUGCGGCAGCGUCUGAGCGUCUGGGAGGAGCGGCAGCGGCGCGAGGAGCAGGAGAAGGAGGAGGCGCGGCGUCUCCGCGGCGAGCGCCUCAAGAGGAAGGAGCUCCUGCGGAGCAUCCGGCGCUGGCAGGAGGACCUGGAGGUGCGGCGGCAGCACCGUGAGCGCCAGGAGGAGGCGCAGGUCGGAGCGCGCGAGCAGGAGAUGGCCCUGCACGAGGAGCGCUGGAGGAGGCUCGCCGAGGAGCAGGAGACGCGGCGGCUGGAGCGCGCCGAGGAGGCGCGCCGCGAGGCCGAGGAGCGCAAGCGCUCGCAGGAGCGUCUGCUCCACGACAGGGAGCGCGAGGAGCUGGAGGAGCAGGAGCGGGAGCGCCGUCUGGCCCAGCGCAAGGAGCAGCGCGCGCGCCGCAGCCGCCGGACCCAGGAGCGCCGCGAGCGCCGCCGCCUCCGGCAGGAGAACGGCCGCGAGGAGCUGCGCCACGCGCUCCUCAGCAGGGAGGCGCAGCAGGAGGAGGCGCGCGCCCUGGAGGAGGCCCAGCGGCGGCUGCUGGAGCAGAAGCUGGCGCGCUCGGGUCAGAACCGGGCCCAGGUGCUGGACGCCCGGCUGCAGGAGCUCCAGCGGCGGGCGGCGCGGGAGGACGAGCAGAUGCGGCGGGCACAGCUGCGGGCGGGCUGGCAGAGCCGGCAGAGGCUGCGCGAGAAGCACGUCCUGGCACAGCUCGGGCAGCAGCGUCUGGAGCAGGCGGAGCAGCGGGCGCGGCUACAGCGGUCCGGCCGCGUCCAGCAGCUGCGGCGGGAGAACCGGCGCAAGGAGCGCUCGCACCUGCAGCUGCGCGAGGAGGCCGAGCGGCGGGAGGAGGCCGAGAGGGAGCUGCGUCUCCGCGCCGCCCGGCUCAAGGAGCUGCGCUGUGAGGCGCUGCAGAGGGAGCGCGAGGAGCAGCUGAGGGAGAGCCGCAGGGUGGCGCAGGCCUCCUUCACCAUGAGGGAGCGCGUGCGCCAGCACACCCGCAGCUGCACCUUCAACAAGAUGGCGCUGGAGGCACAGCUCUUCUCCAGCCUGGGCAAACUCAAGAUGUGACAUCAUGGCACAGCUCUUCUCCAGCCUGGGCAAGCUCAAGAUGUGACAUCAUGGCACAGCUCUUCUCCAGCCUGGGCAAGCUCAAGAUGUGACAUCAUGGCACAGCUCUUCUCCAGUCACAUCAUGGCACAGCUCUUCUCCAGUCUGGGCAAGCCCAAGAUGUGACAUCAUGGCACAGCUCUUCUCCAGCCUGGGCAAGCUCAAGAUGUGACAUCAUGGCACAGCUCUUCUCCAGCCUGGGCAAGCUCAAGAUGUGACAUCAUGGCACAGCUCUUCUCCAGCCUGGGCAAGCUCAAGAUGUGACAUCAUGGCACAGCUCUUCUGCAGCCUGGGCAAGCUCAAGAUGUGACAUCAUGGCACAGCUCUUCUCCAGCCUGGGCAAGCUCAAGAUGUGACAUCAUGGCACAGCUCUUCUGCAGCCUGGGCAAGCUCAAGAUGUGACAUCAUGGCACAGCUCUUCUGCAGCCUGGGCAAACUCAAGAUGUGACAUCAUGGCACAGCUCUUCUGCAGCCUGGGCAAACUCAAGAUGUGACAUCAUGGCACAGCUCUUCUCCAGCCUGGGCAAACUCAAGAUGUGACAUGGCCAAAAGCAUCAAAGUCCGGCUUCAGAAAGUAGAAGUCUGGUAGAUCAGCUGAUCACCUGUGUUAAGCGCACAGGUACAACCAACACAUGGCAGGACUUUUACUCUCUGAAGCCGGACUCAUCACUGGUCAACCCCAAGACCAGCUCUGUGUCUCUGGCCAUACUAUUGCCUCUCUCUCAGAGUACACACAUGCUUGAGCAACAACAAGAGUUACAACUACAAGAGUCAUACUGUAGCACUUCAACAACAAGUUAACAACAAGAGUUAUAGCACGUCAACAACAAGUUAUAGCACUUCAACAUAACUCCGAGACUAAAUUGAGACUUACGAAACUGUUAUUCCUAAGGGUAGCGAUAAACUAAACAGGGUGGAGGGAUAUCUGAGCUGUGAAGAGAGGCUAAUGUACACAUUGGGAAACUCACAAACUAAACAGGGUGGAGGGAUAUCUGAGCUGUGAAGAGAGGCUAAUGUACACAUUGGGAAACUCACAGACAAACUGCAUACUCUAGCUGUGGAGUGAAAUAGAGGAGUUUAUCGUGAAGACCAAAGCUUUCUUAAAAGUGUUACUCAAACAGGAGGAUUAUAAUGGUUCAGGUCAGUAAUUGUAUCACAACACUGUUGAAACCCUUAUAUCUACAUGUAGUUUAUGUUGGAAAUAUUGUACGUGUGUCAAAUGUGCUUCAGUGUUUUUGUUAUGAAUUUAUUGCCAAGAGGAAGGAAUGAGGUAUUUACUUGAAACAAGCCACUUCCAAAGCACCAGCUCAGGGAUUCAAAACUUGCCAGAUGUGUGUAAGUCCAGUGUGGUUCAUUAACCAAAGACAAACAAUACUAUGCCAGUAUCAGUAUGAGCUAGACUGUUUUGUUUUUUUGUGAUACAGAGAUUUUAUGGUAAUGGAUAGAUUGAAAGGUGCUAUUCUGAUAGUUAAAUAUUGAAUUAUUUAUUUAUCCAUAUCUAGUUAUUUAUGUAAAUAAAGAGAUUUAUGAGAAACGUUGUUUUUUUCUUCUCUCCAAUGAUGG